AUGACGACUCCCGAAGCCGCAGCUCAAAUCAAAUCGCAGCCUCGUCCCUCAGCCCCCGGGCCAGUCACCGCUACAACAGAAGCACCGCCCCAAAGCCUCCUCGCCAAGCAGCAGAACCUCAUCCCAAUGGCCGUUGGCACUGCAGACGCUCAGCAGAACACAAUGCCCUUGGAGGGUGCCGAAAAGGAGCUGUUGAUGGAGAGAGUUCACAACACCGGUGCGCAGACGCCGUCGUCUCUCGCCGCGCAGAUUGAGCGUGAGCUGCAGCAAAAGAGUUCAACCUAA